UUAAAUUUGAGAUCUUGAAGACUUUUUAAUUUUCUUUUUCUUUUCCCCAUUUCUCUCUCUCUAAAUUCUGCCAUUUUUACAGAGAGAGCUAUCAAAGGUUUAUGAAGCUUAGCCCUCCAUCAAUGGCGGUAACGACGAAAACUCUAGUGGUAUUUAGGGGCUGAGAAGGGGAAUAUAACUCCUUAGUUGUUGAGGUUGAACCAAAAAGAUUUCCAUUUAGAAGCUAUAGAACGAAGAGGGGGAGCAGUUGCCUGAACAAAGGAUUGAUGUCUUCCUUACCCACGUAUUAUUAGAUUAAUCUUUACUGUACACCCACGUAUUGUUAGAUUAAUCUUUACUGUCCAACUAAGAGUAUUCAAAAUUCAGCGAAUAGGUUCAGGGGGUGAGUUCCCCCAAGGUGACCCUUUCCCUAUAGCUAGGAGGGUAAAUUCCUUCCAUGCUGUUGCAAUGGAUGACGAAAUGGAGAGCGGUAAUUUGGGGCCUUACCAAGACAGGCCAAGGACUUUCCCUAACAUGCGUUGUAAAGCAUACAACCCAUUGAUUUUUCGCAUUCUUAUGAGAAUAAACGUUCGUGUUCUUUUCAUACUUCUGCUAUUGGGAUUAGGUGCUAUCUUUUACGUUGGAGCUAGUACUUCUCCAAUCAUUCUAUUUGUUUUCUCAGUUUGCAUCAUCAGCUUCCUAUUAUCAAUAUAUCUCACCAAGUGGGUACUCUCAAAGGAUGAGGGGCCUAUUGAGAUGGCCCAGAUAUCAGAUGCAAUACGCGAUGGAGCUGAAGGGUUUUUUAGGACCCAGUAUGGGACUAUCUCCAAGAUGGCAUUGUUACUAGCACUGGUGAUCCUUGCCAUAUAUUUAUUUCGUAGUACAACUCCUCAACAAGAAUCUUCUGGUGUAGGGAGGGUGACAACUGCAUACAUUACUGUUGCUGCUUUUCUUCUAGGGGCUCUAUGUUCAGGUGUUGCUGGGUAUGUUGGGAUGUGGGUGUCUGUUCGUGCAAAUGUUCGUGUCUCAAGUGCAGCAAGACGGUCUGCAAGAGAGGCAUUGCAGAUAGCUGUUCGUGCUGGUGGCUUCUCCGCCCUAGUGGUUGUUGGCUUGGCUGUACUUGGUGUUGCCAUCCUUUAUGCCACAUUUUAUGUAUGGCUGGGGGUGGAUUCACCAGGUUCAAUGAAGGUUACUGACUUGCCUCUUCUUCUUGUGGGCUAUGGUUUUGGAGCUUCAUUUGUUGCGCUUUUUGCUCAGUUGGGUGGCGGAAUAUACACGAAGGCGGCUGAUGUUGGAGCUGAUCUUGUUGGCAAAGUAGAGCAGGGAAUACCUGAAGACGAUCCUCGCAAUCCUGCAGUCAUUGCAGAUUUGGUCGGAGAUAAUGUGGGUGAUUGUGCGGCUCGAGGUGCCGAUCUUUUUGAAAGUAUUGCGGCAGAAAUAAUCAGUGCCAUGAUACUAGGGGCAUCAAUGGCUAAAAAAUGCAAAAUUGAAGAUCCAUCCGGCUUCAUUUUGUUCCCUCUCGUAGUUCACUCGUUUGACCUGGUGAUAUCAUCAGUUGGAAUACUGUCAAUACAGGGCACACGAAAGUCUGGAGUUACUGCUGCUGUAGAGGAUCCGAUGGCAAUUCUUCAGAAAGGAUAUUCCAUUACAAUAUUGUUAGCUGUUGUGACGUUUGGUGUGUCUACGCGUUGGAUGCUGUUUACUGAACAAGCACCAUCUGCAUGGUUUAACUUUGCUUUAUGUGGUCUGGUUGGAAUUAUGACUGCCUAUGCUUUUGUCUGGAUAACCAAGUACUACACUGAUUACAAGCAUGAGCCAGUGCGCUCUCUGGCUCUUUCUAGCUCUACAGGGCAUGGGACUAACAUAAUUGCUGGUGUUAGUCUGGGUCUGGAAUCCACAGCACUUCCUGUUCUCGUCAUAAGUGUAGCAAUUGUCUCAGCUUUCUGGCUGGGUCACACUUCAGGACUGGUUGAUGAAGAUGGAAAUCCAACAGGCGGAUUGUUUGGAACAGCUGUAGCAACAAUGGGAAUGCUCAGCACUGCAGCUUAUGUUCUCACCAUGGAUAUGUUUGGUCCAAUAGCCGAUAAUGCGGGUGGAAUUGUAGAGAUGAGUCAGCAGCCUGAAAGUGUACGGGAAAUCACUGAUUUGCUUGAUGCUGUCGGGAAUACCACAAAAGCUACUACUAAAGGAUUUGCAAUUGGAUCUGCUGCACUUGCCUCUUUCCUUCUGUUCAGCGCUUAUAUGGAUGAGGUAGCUGCAUUUGCUCGCGUGCCUUUUAAUCAGGUUGACAUUGCCAUACCAGAAGUAUUUGUUGGUGGAUUGUUGGGUUCUAUGCUUAUUUUCCUUUUUAGUGCAUGGGCCUGUUCUGCAGUCGGUCGAACUGCUCAGGAGGUUGUUAAAGAAGUAAGAAGACAGUUUAUUGAGAGGCCAGGUAUAAUGGACUAUAAGGAGAAACCAGAUUAUGGUCGUUGUGUUGCCAUUGUAGCAUCUGCAUCGUUGAGGGAGAUGAUAAAACCUGGUGCUUUGGCAAUUGUUUCACCUAUGGUUGUCGGUAUUGUCUUCCGGAUAUUGGGAUAUUACACAGGGCAUCCUCUACUUGGAGCUAAAGUUGUGGCUUCCAUGUUGAUGUUUGCAACUGUUUCUGGGAUUCUUAUGGCUCUUUUCCUGAAUACUGCUGGAGGUGCCUGGGAUAAUGCAAAGAAGUAUAUAGAGACUGGGGCUCUUGGAGGCAAAGGGAGUGAGUGUCAUAAAGCAGCAAUUACUGGUGAUACAGUGGGAGACCCAUUCAAAGACACAGCAGGACCCUCCCUCCAUGUCCUGAUCAAAAUGCUUGCAACAAUAACUCUGGUCAUGGCUCCUGUCUUUCUUUGAGAAUUCUUCAUAUCCAAGUUUCGGUAUACGGUAACCCACUGAGAUUUUCCUAUAUAUUGCAAAUACAGCACAGAUAGGUAAUUUAAUGUAAUUGAGGGUGCCUGACCAAAUAGUUAUACCAAACAUUUUGUCAACUUGAAUUGAGAUACUGAAGAGCUGGUCAUAUCAAGCGUUUUAUAGGGCAUUAUGAAUCAUUCUGUUUUUUUUUUCUCUUUUUAGUUGUGCAUUUUAAACUGCUGGUGCACAGACAUGGAUCAGUUGAACAUUAUUGCAGUUGUUUUGAAUAAUUGUGAUGGCCUUGCAGCUAGGUUUUUUUGUUGUAAAAAAGGGUAUAUGAUACUGGUGCAAAUAAUUUUCACUGCAGGCAGGGGAUUCUGACCCAUGAACAAUAACAUAAUUAUGUGACCUCAAAAUGGAAAUGCCUGUGGUAGCAAAUCUGGAUUUGGAGAAUUAUUUACGGUGUGAUAUUUUUCUUUUCUUUUCGUAUCUUUUGGGUAAAUUAGAUGAUGUGAAUGUGAAUUAGUUAAUUGGAGACUGCCACUGCAUUCAUAAGAAUAGAGGGGGAAUACAGAGGUUAUGAUCGUAUAAUGGUCAUGUACAAAACGAUUGUUGACAUCAGUAAUGUUUUUUUAGUAA